CCAGAAGGCCUUUCCUCUUUCUCUGCCUUUCGCGAUCCACUCAAACGCCAUUUACGACGAGGAGAGAGACAAAGACUGGUGAAGACUAACUACUCAGCACGAUUCUACGUUGGCACUUAUGCUCAUUUUCAUAAUAUCUAACUAAAUAUUUCGGUGUAAAUGAAUCAAAGUCUCAGCAAUGAAAGGCACAUACUUCUAAAACACGUGAAAAUAAUUAAUUUUAAAAACAAAAAGUUGUGUGUGACUCUGAAGAUCAGGGUGCGAUUGAAUGUUCGAUUUUCAAAAUCUCUACGAAAUCGUUAAGAUAAUUCUAAUACUCAUCGAGCUGCGAUCUUAAACAUAAUGACAUCAACCACAAUCAAGGAUAAACCUCCGGUGAUUACAGUAUGCAAACAAGAAUUAUACGAGCAUUGGCUGAAAAAUGCUCCAAAGAUUAUGUUCGGUGAACAUCAACUAUCUAUUGAAAUAAGUGAAAUCGAUGAGUUCUUCAUCCAGAAGGCCAAGAAAGAUUUACGGGAGACGCCAGAAAUUGUUGCUCAAGGUUUCAAGGAAUUAAAAGAGCUGCUUGCAGGAGAACCUGAUCUGCAAGUACCGGACAUAGAUGACUUCUACAUAAUGUUCUUGCGACCAUGUAAAUGGUAUGCGAAAAGCGCUUUCUCGCUUAUAAAACGAUACUAUCGGUUCCGCUUAAAUUAUCCACACAUAUAUACCGAUUUGCUGGUCACCAAACAGAAGACUGCACUUUGCGCCGGUUUAAUAUAUCCAUUGCCGAUUCGUACUCAAAAGGGAAGCAGAGUGCUAAUAGUCGAAGCCGGAAAACGAUGGAAACCGAAGGAGGUGUCGAUCAAUGACUUUUUCAAAGGCAUGUUAUUGAUUUUAUAUCUAGCGAUGGUGGAAUACAAAACUCAGGUUUGGUAAAAAAAUAUUUCUUUGAUAGAUUUAAGA